AUGGAAAUGCGCUCCCUGACCAGAAGCCUCCGUCCGAGACCGGCCAUCUCGCAGCUCUACACCAAGCAGCCCUCGACCCUCCUGCAAGGCCAGUUCCUCCGUUACUCGUCAUCAGACAACGGACCCAGCAACCCCCAGGGCAACGAGCAAAGCCCAAGCCAGCCCGCAACCAAAACCCCCAGAUUCACCACCACACCACCCCGCCAACCCGCAGACCACGGAGACUUCGAAACCGUCCUCAACAAACUAAACUUCAACCGCAAACAAACCCCCACCAACUCUGAAAAACCCGACGCCGCCUCCUCGCUGUCCCGCGACGUCGGCGCCUCCGCCAAAACAGACAACUACCGGCAACCGGUCCGCCGGGUGGAACUCAAGCUCGGGCCUAGCCUGGGUCGUCAGGUGCAUGUUGAACCGGAGAAGGGGUAUGAUCUUGAGGCUGCGCUGCGGACGCUGAAUGCGGCGUGCUUCCAGAAUAAGAUUCUGCAGACGCAGCGGAGGCAGAAGUUUCAUGUUAGGAGGGGGCAGAUGAGGAAGAAUAUGAGGAUGGAGAGGUGGAGGAAGUUGUUCAAGUUUUCGUUUGUGAAUACUGUUACGAAGAUUCAGAAGAUGAGGUCCCAGGGGUGGUAA